UAGAAACGGCAUCGUUUGAUCAAACAUUGCACUCACUUCCAACUUUCAACCCACCGCAGAAGAAGAAUUAUAACAAAAAAAAAAAAUAAAAUAAAAAAAAUACGAAGCUCCAAUCUGAAAACUGCAAAACCAGAAACUGAAUCAUCAACAUGAUUCAUCUUCAACCAUUGCCCAAACCCUAACUUUUCCCACUGAACAAGUCCCGAUCCAUCUCCGAUCCGAUCCGAUCCGAUCCAGGCUCGGUAUCACUCUCCAAUGUCAGGCGCCGCCUCCGCUCUAUUCCUCCUCGACAUCAAAGGCCGCGUUCUCAUUUGGCGCGAUUACCGCGGCGAUGUCACCGCCGUUGAAGCCGAACGCUUCUUCACCAAGCUCAUCGAGAAAGAGGGUGAUCCACAGUCUCAAGAUCCAGUUGUAUAUGAUAAUGGUGUGAGCUAUAUGUUUGUACAGCAUAGCAAUGUUUACCUCAUGACAGCAACUAGACAAAACUGUAAUGCCGCUAGCCUCAUUUUCUUCCUUCAUCGUAUAGUUGAUGUGUUCAAGCAUUAUUUUGAGGAAUUGGAAGAGGAAUCUCUUAGGGAUAACUUUGUCGUUGUGUAUGAACUACUUGAUGAAAUAAUGGACUUUGGUUAUCCACAAUAUACUGAGGCGAAGAUUCUUAGUGAAUUUAUUAAGACAGAUGCUUAUAGAAUGGAAGUUAAUCAGAGACCUCCCAUGGCUGUAACAAAUGCUGUAUCGUGGCGCAGUGAAGGGAUAAACUACAAGAAAAAUGAGGUUUUCUUGGAUGUGGUGGAGAGUGUUAACAUACUUGUCAAUAGCAAUGGGCAAAUAAUUAGAUCUGAUGUUGUUGGUGCACUGAAGAUGAGAACAUAUUUGAGUGGUAUGCCAGAGUGUAAACUUGGCUUAAAUGAUAGAGUGUUAUUAGAGGCACAAGGUAGAGCGACUAAGGGAAAAGCGAUCGACUUGGAGGACAUCAAGUUUCAUCAGUGUGUGCGGCUAGCCCGAUUUGAGAAUGAUCGAACAAUAUCCUUCAUCCCACCCGAUGGAGCAUUUGAUUUGAUGACAUAUAGGCUCAGCACACAGGUUAAGCCUUUAUUUUGGGUGGAAGCACAAGUUGAAAAGCAUUCAAAAAGUCGGAUUGAGAUUACGGUAAAAGCUAGGAGUCAAUUUAAGGAACGUAGCACUGCUACAAAUGUUGAGAUUGAGUUACCUGUGCCUGCUGAUGCAACCACUCCAAAUGUGCGAACAUCAAUGGGGUCUGCAGCAUAUGCACCCGAGAAAGAUGCAUUAAUUUGGAAAAUAAGAUCUUUUCCUGGAGGCAAGGAGUACAUGCUAAGGGCAGAGUUUCGUCUUCCCAGUAUAACAGACGAGGAAGCAGCUCCAGAGAGAAAAGCUCCUAUACGUGUAAAGUUUGAGAUACCAUAUUUUACUGUGUCAGGAAUACAGGUAAGAUAUUUGAAGAUUAUUGAGAAAAGUGGGUAUCAGGCUCUUCCAUGGGUGAGAUACAUAACAACGGGUGGAGAGUAUGAACUAAGGCUUAUUUGAGAUUUGUACCCUCGAUUGGUGUUCGAAUUUCACCAAAUAACUGUAUCAUUCAAUGAACAAUGACUGAAGCUGGUGGACAGUGGAGGGAGUCUUAAGCGAAAUUAAUUAGAAUAUAUUUGGCCAACCACAACAGACUUGAUGUCUUGAAAGUUACUGUCUACUGAAAUUCAUGAAUUGAGUGUUGUCCAAAACUGUUACAAUUCCCGUUUGUCAAUUGUGAGUUGAUUUAUAUAUUUUAGACCCCUUUCUUUUUGUAAUCAGAACGUCCAUCAUUGUAAUUUGGUUUAUGAUGUCGAGUUGUAAUUUGGUUUAUAUUUUUAAGAGAACUACUGGUUUUGUAUUCGGAAGGAGACCAAUUAUAGGAAGAUAGUUGAUUGUGAUACAUCCAUCUAUGAAGGAUUAGUUGUUUAA